CAAUUUUUCAAUACCGAAAGGAAAAAAAACUGAAAGCCAUCGAACGAGAGCACCAACAAAGUUCCGGAGAUCUCUUCUGUGGCCGCAGUUAAGCAGUCCGAUUAACUAACUUCCAGCCAGUAAAACUAAACAGGCUAGAAAAUAUGGCAUCCGUAACAUCGAAAACCCCGAUGCUUCGUGCAGCAGCGGCCCGUGGCUAUGCCGCACACGCUCAGGCUGCCGCUGCUAGCCGUGGUUCGGCCGAAGUGCAGACAACGACCCUGCCUAACAAGCUGGUUGUUUCAUCGGCGGAACCGAAUGCUGCUGUAUCCCGGAUCUCGAUCGCUUUCCGUGCCGGAUCGCGCAACGAAACUGCCGAUAGUCUAGGUGCAGCACAUGUGCUGCGUGCUGCAGGUGGUCUCUCAACCAAGACGGCCACCGCGUUUGGCAUUACGCGCAACAUUCAGCAGUCUGGCGGUACCCUGACGUCUUUGGCCGACCGUGAGGUGGUAUCGUACAGUGUUGCCGUGACGAAAGAUCAGCUGGAAGUGGGUUUGAAGUAUCUGGAGGCAACUGCCACCGGUCAGGUGUUCAAGCCCUGGGAGUUGGCCGAAUUGGUACCCGUUAUCCGUAACGAGCUGGCCCGUUUGCCAUCCGAGGUUCAAGCGGUCGAGUUGCUGCACAAGGCCGCCUUCCGUGACGGACUGGGCAAUUCCGUCUUCUGCCCAGACUAUCUGGUCGGCAAGCAUUCGUCGGAAACGAUGCAGCACUAUUUUGCGACCAACUGUACCACGAACCGGGCGGCCGUCGCUGGAGUUGGUGUUGAUCAUCAGCUGCUGGUGGGCUUUGCCCAGAGCCUUGCCCUUGAGUCAGGAGCCGGCGGUGAGAAUAAAUCCACCUUCAACACCGGUGAAGUGCGUCGCGAAGGUUCCGGUUCGCGUGCCGCUGUUGCCGUUGGCACUCAAGCGGUUGGUUGGAAAUCGUUGAAGGAAGCUGCAGCCUUCUGGGUGUUGCACUUUGCUGCGGGUGUUGGACCGGCAACCAAGCGUGGGGCCAACAAUGGCGCACUCACGAAGGCUCUCGGAGGUGUUAAUAGCAGUGCCCUGUUCAACGGAUACACGGACAAUGGACUGUUCGGAUUCAUCGUAUCCGGCAAUGCGAAGGAUGCGGGUAAGGCGGUUGAGGCUGGUGUAAAGGCCCUUAAAUCGCUCUCAGUAACUGAUGCCUGUGUGUCCCGUGGUAAGGCAUUGGCCGUUAUGGCCGUGGCUGAUAUUACUGAGAACCAAAGCUCCCUGCAACAUCAGUUGGGCGAAGAGUCGGUCCUCUUAGGACAGGUGUACAAGAAGAGUGACCUAAUUGCUGCCGUAAAUGCCGUCACCACUGGUGAUGUUCAAGCUGCCGCCAGCAAAGUUGCUUCCAGCAAAUUGGCAAUCGGCGCCGUUGGCAAUCUGUCCCAUGUGCCGCAUCUUUGUGAGUUGCACUAAUUCCCGCAAUUAGAAGUAGGACGGCUCACUGAGGGAAGAGGGAAAUUUUCUGGACAAUGUUACUGUUUUUGUUUCUUUCUCCGGAGUCGUCUUUGUCCGCUACCAUCAUCGCAGGCUCAGAGAAACAGAAACGCACUAUGCAUAGCAAAAGCUGUAGUAUAAUUCAACCUGAAAACAAUAUCCGAUAACACAGCAAGCACCCCCACAGAUUACGGCCGAUCAGAACGAAAUUGAAAUUAAUUGUAUGUGCGACCCCUAGGGGUCAGCUAGUGGUAUCGUUAUGAGCAGAUAAUACCAAUGAAUAGAUUGAUUCUGUAUCGAUGUAUUGGAAGUGUUUUAUUGAGAUAUGGAAGGAAAACUAACCCACAUAUGGUGCAAACAAUUUAUUCAAUAAAUAGGAUAAACGUCAA